GGACGUCUUGGGCGUCGGGAAUUGUUUUAGAACAAGACGAAAAAAAAAUGCGCGACGAAAGAGUCAAGUGCGGCAGUUGGAUGCGGCGAUCGUGUAAAGUGAUAGCAGCAACUUCAAGUUUACUUCUACAGUUUCAAUAACGUUACACCAGCAGAUAGAGAUUUAUGCACGAAGAGGAAGCAAUGCGAAACACUCAUUAGAAGUUGUCGAUGAUCAUGAUCAAAAUGAUCUUGUCGAUUCUCUUCGUUUUAACGUUGACAACCAUCCAGAUCUCAUGCGUUUACGUGCCAAACGAAGGAUCUGGAAAGUCGGCUUACGUGGUCAAGACUUCUCCAAUUAUACAUCAGAACUACAGCAGCGUGCGGAAGCAGCAGUUCGAAAACGCUAACAACGUGGAGAGCAUCCGCAGAGGUGGUAAACGUUUGGAGGAGGUGAAAGGGCAUUACAUCACGAAGAUCAAAGUGGAGAAGCGGCCGAAACCGCAGAACUAUUACGGAAAUCCUCACACAAAUCAGAUCCAGCACGAUUUCUACAGGGUUUACUCGAAGUGUCCGGAAGGUGAGAGCGGACAGUUCAUCUACGAAUUCGCUUGCAAUCAGUUCUUGAACUGCUGGACGGGAAGAGGUCUGGUGGAGAACUGUCCGGCCGGGACGCUCUUCAAUCCUAACUCGUUGGAAUGCGAUCACGCUGACAAAGUCAAGUGCAUUACUGGUCCGAAGAACCAUAAUCUCAGGUUCAUCGAUGAGGAGAAAUCUGCGACGACCGAGGCGAAAUGUCCGAGAGGUUUUUCGGGGAUUAUACCGCAUUACGGAGAUUGCGCAAAGUUCGUGAAAUGCGGUAACGGCAUUGCUCAUGAGAUGGAUUGUCCUCCUGGUACCUUCUUCGAUAUCAAGACGAAUAUGUGCGAUUAUCCGCAGAAGGUGGACUGCUUCAAUGGGCAGAAUCUGAAGGAGUGCACUGAUUGCAAUACAAAGGCGAAGAGCGACGGCACCGGGCAGAAUAUGACCAAGUACGGUUCGUCUUCAUCCUCCAACGUCUUGCAACAACAGCAUCAUCACGGAACCAGCCCCAAGUGUUCACCAGGUUACAGCGGUUUGGAGAAGCAUCCAGCAGACUGCGCGAAGUUCUUGAACUGCGCCAACGGUAUAACUUACGUCCAAGAUUGCGCGCCUGGUACACUCUUCAAUCCCAACUCCAAAAUCUGCGAUUUCCCUUAUAAAGUACGAUGCGAAUCCGGAAACAGCCAGGAAGAUAAUCACCAACACAACCAUCAACAUCAGCACCACGGACAUCACCAACAUCAUGGAAAUGAUUAUAACCAAGGUAGCAAUCAAAACCAUGGUAACUAUCAAAAUCAAUACAAUGGUAAUAAUCAAAACGGUGGUAGAAACCAUGGUAACAAUCAACAUUCUGGAUAUGAUUGGAACCAGUAUUACGGACACAAUCACCAUGACUACGAUCAGCACAGGCACCACGAUCAUAGCGCGGGAUUCCACGAGAAUACUGGAUAUCAACAUCAAAAUCAAAACCAGCAUCAGCACCAAAACCAAAUGACGGGAACGAUAAUCAGAAGCAACAGGACCUACGGAAACGCAUGGAAACCGAUGUAUAAUUACACGUAUUCAAUCGGACAGAACGGCGGCAGGAUGAACUUCAGCAGACGUUACGGAUCCGAAGACAAUCAAAAUCGGAACGGAUAUUUUCCUCACAGCGAACACUACGAGGUGACAACCACAGCCAGACCAACCUACAGACCAGCACCGGUCUACGUUCCACCUAAAUCGACGACACCGCGGAGCGCUUGGAUUCCCUAUACGGAAAGAAGGACUUUGGAAGCGACGACGCCGAAGACGAAGCAUUGGCCUCCACCGUUUCCAUCCACCGACCCGAACGCCGAUUACGUCUUCGAGUACGAGGAUCUGGAUACGACGGUUGACAAAUCCAGAGACGUGCAGAACUGGUGCAACGACAACAAAGGAUUCGAAUGCGGGAACAAACUUUGCAUUCCGCCUCAUCAAGUGUGCGACGGAAAAAAGCAAUGCUUGAAUGGUUGGGACGAGGUGGACUGCGGCUCGUACUUGCAGCAAUUCCAGCUCACCGGUGGCACCAAAUUGGCUGUAAGGGAAACGGAGAAGCACACGAACAUCACGCUCAAAUGGUGCUCCAAGAUCUGCGCGCUGAAGAGCAAUUGCAAGGCAUUCAAUUACAGGACUUUGGAUGGUUCCUGCUUCAUCUUGAACAGUAACGUCGGUCAAUCGGGAGCUCUGAUAUUGCUACCAAACCACGACUACUACGAAGCCAAGAAAUAUUCCAUCAAUUGUAAUGGAGGCUACGAGUGCAGAAACAAGAAGUGCUUGAGCACUGCGCAACUCUGCGAUGGUCACAACGAUUGCGGAGACGGCGCCGACGAGAAGAACUGCAAGGCUGAAGCGUUUGGCUACAACCUGAACAUCGUAGGUUUCCAAGAGAAGAACGCCGGGCUUUUAGAAGUUGAAGCGUUCGGGAAGCGCGGAUACGUUUGCGAUGAUAUGUUCGGAUUGCGCAACGCCGAUGUCGCGUGCAGAGAGCUCGGAUUUCCUCUGGGAGCGCUCGAGGUUAAGGGCAACUCGAUGCUGGCGCCGAAGGCGAACACCUCCUUCUACAUGAUGGACGACGUGAGCUGCUUGGGAAACGAGACGUCCCUCAGGGACUGCGAUUUCGCCGGCUGGGGUGUACACAAUUGCGGCCCUUCGGAAGCUGUUGGGAUCGUGUGUAAAACCCCGUUGGAGGUGUGCCCUAAAGGUCACUGGCAAUGCAAAGGCGGCAAAGAGUGCGUUUCGUUGAAAUUCAUAUGCGAUGGUGUUUACGAUUGCUCCGAUUAUUCCGACGAAGAUGAUUCUCUUUGCGAUGCUCCGGUGACGUUGCGUUUGGUGAAUGGUACCAGCAGAAAUGAAGGAAGGGUGGAGAUCAAGUACCAUGGGACGUGGGGAACCAUCUGCGACGAUGAUUUCAAUGACGAUGCUGCGAAGAUUGUUUGCAGGGAGCUGGGCUACAGGGGGUCGGCUUUUGUGGUGAAAGACGCUUACUUUGGGAUGGGAUCAGGACCUAUAUGGUUAGAUCAGGUCUUCUGCAAGGGCAACGAAACGCAGCUCUCCGAAUGCAGUCAUUGGGACUGGGGAGAGCACAACUGCGAACACUCUGAGGAUGUUGGCGUGAUCUGCACUAACGAAAAUUCGCCAGUUCCAGGUACUGCUAGGCAUUCCAACUUGCAGCCCAGCGAAAUGGCUACAAGCGAUUUACCAGAAAAGUGCGGAUUAAGAUCGGACGCUAUAUUUCAGGAUGAGUUCUCCGAUGUUCAUUUUAGGGUAGUAAGGGGAAGCUUAGCUCGACCCGGAGAAUAUCCUUGGCAGGCGAGUAUUAGAGUGAAAGGUAAAUUGAAGCCGACCCAUUGGUGCGGAGCUAUCGUGAUCUCCUCAUCAUUUGUGCUGACUGCCGCCCAUUGUCUGGAGGGAUUUACGAAAGGGGCUUACUUUGUAGUGGCAGGCGAUUAUAAUGUGAAUAGGAACGAAGGCACUGAACAGGAGGCGUAUAUCGAAGAUUUCAUUCUGCAUGAGGACUUUAAGAAGGUGAAUAAAAUGAAUAACGAUAUCGCGUUGAUAAAGCUGAAGGGUCGUGGCUUCAAAUUGAACAAGGACGUGCAGGCCAUUUGCCUGCCCGACUCCGAUUUGGAAUACGAUAGGAGAAACUGCACGAUUUCGGGCUUCGGAUCGAUAGAAACUGGAAAAUCCAAAGCCUCGCACGACCUUAGGGCAGGUUGGUUACCGAUCCUACCGAUGGACGUAUGCAAUAUGGCCCACAUCUACGGGUCAGCAAUAACGCAGGGGAUGUUCUGCGCGGGCAGUUUGGAUGAGGGUGUGGACGCUUGCGACGGCGAUAGCGGCGGACCUCUGGCAUGUCUGAAGGACGGCGUGUACACCUUGUACGGCAUCACCUCCUGGGGACAGCACUGCGGUCACGCCAAUAAGCCCGGCGUUUACGUGAAGGUGUCGCAUUACAAGGCUUGGAUUGAGAGUACUAUGAAGAAGAUGAUUAAAUAAAGUAAUUUAUGUUGCGGUA